AUCUGUAAUGUCACCUGAACGUAAAUUUAUUUUUAAAUUAAAUAACGUAGUAAAUAAUGUGUUUCCCUCUGUUAUUUUGUACCUUUAUUUUAUACAAAGUGAGUGUUUCUUCGUAUUAAUAAAUGCCACAGUAAUGAAUUAAUUUCCUGCGAUAUCUCUGCACUUUCAUCAGAAUGCUUAAAAUAACUAAAAAUAUAAUAAUGGGGUGGAUAUAAAUAAAGGUUUUGACGACAGCCUUCGUGGAACGCGCCUAUACUAUGAACCCUUGUAGAAAGACUGAAGCUAUAGAUAUACCACCUAAGUUCACAUUGUGGAAUGCAAUAAACGUAUUGAGUAUUGAGUAUAUACUUACAAUUAAGAAUAAAGUAUCAAGAAGAUCAAUUGUUAUAUCUUUUGACCCACAAUUUAUGUCUGCGACUUACUCGUGUGUAAAUUCUUGAUCAUUUAGAAGUUUUGGGGAUAGAGCCAAUUAUGCCGUUGCAAACAUUCUUAAAAAUAUUCAAUCAAGUGUUGUCUUCACUUCCAAAUGACCUCUUUGGUUCAAUAGAAGAAAUAGAAAAAAUACUAUUUAAUCUAACAAAUAGAACUUUAUCAAAGAGUAUUUUACUUAAUGUAUCGGAUCGCAUGAUCGGAUAAUUUGAUGUCUGUUAGCUAUAGUGAAUGUAUUCGUCAUACCUUAAUUUAGGUCGAAGAUCCGACAUUAUCAGACAUGUUUUCGAGUGUAAAAAGACUUGAAAAGGUCCGAGUCACCACUAAAAUUACAGUCAGACAACGCAAUAACAAUAAAAUGAUCGAUAAAGAUUUACAAUCGAUACUUAAGCCGUUCAAUUUGAUGCACGUUUUAUUCUCUUGCGUCCAAUACGAAAUUCGGGAUGACAUUGUCACAACAAAUCAUUUCUGCUCUGGUGUUGUUUCAUUCAUCGUUUUCCUCAUUAUAACUUCUAUUUUCGCGUAUAGUAUUUUUCUAAAUUUCAGAACGAGCACUGUCAGGAAUCAUUCUUUUAUAGUAAAACUUGGCUUCUUCACCAAACCUCUUUGUAGUGCGAUUGGCUUCAUGCUUAACUAUUUCACAAGCAUUCGCAAUCGUAAUGACAAUGUUGUUUUUCUUUCAAAACUUCAAACUGCGUUCAGGUUGCUUAAGAUCGACUCCAGAAAGCAAAUGAAAGCUAACUGGACUAUCGUCGUUGCUUUGAAUUGUUUUUAUAUUAUCUACAUAUUGUAUUUUCAUUACGGAUUUUCAUCUUUCGAAUGGUGUACAAUUUUCAUGGUAUAUUUUGAUAUUUUGUUCGAUGUCAAUGUCAUUUAUGCGUCUAGAUUGUUGGACUUAUUAAGAUGUCACUUUGAGGUGUUGAUAAAGAAAGUGAAGAGUUCAGGAUAUAUUGGAGAAUCAGAUAAUGAAGAGCUUUGGAUCGGAAUAUUCAAUGCUUUCGAGGAUAGUAUUGACGCCUAUAAACUUUUGAACAAAACUUUCGAAGGCUUAAUUGUCUUCUAUACAGUCCACUCAUUUUUUAAUGCUGUAUUAAUUGUUACGCAACAAAUCGAGCAAAGACAGGUUCACACUUUAAGUUUUAAGAAUUCUGUUACAAUAGCGAUCAUAUGUAUAGUUUGGAUAACGAAAACCUUAUCCUUACUAUUUUGUUUGAACUUGGAAAGCGAGAGGUUUUACAUGACUACGUCUGAUGUAAGAAAUACAUGCAUCCUACAAGUGAAGUCCAGAACUUGUUCAGAUGGAAAGAAGCGAGCUUGUAAGAACAUCCGUCGUGUGCUCAGAGCUACCUUCAGGAAGAUGAAUGCUUGCGGUCUAUUUGUCAUCGACGCUUCUCUCUCGCUAUAUUUCUUCAGUCUCAUUGCUACGUACUGUAUUGUCAUACUGCAGUUCUAUUUUCUGUAACACGUGCUUAAAGAAAAAUUCCU